AUGCAGCUGACUCAUACCCAGCAAGGCUUAGACUGUGAUUGCAUCACUGUUCCAGGCAGAUCGCAGCUCUUUGUUGCAGUCGCACUAGCUCACUCCUGUAGUCUCUAUGCCCACACGUCUGGAGUUCUUUCCCUCACUAAACGCCAGAAAAUGGCCAAUCUGAUGCCCGUAAUAGCCCAGGAAGAGCUGGAUAACUUUAUCUUCACCAGGACAAGUUCUGGCUUCGCCCUCAAAGCCUUUCAUGCUCCUCAGAACAUUAACAUAUCACUGAAACUGCUGACCAGCCAGAAUACAACAGAGAGUGAGUUGAAGGUGCUACUCCAAGAUGUAGCAAACACACGACGCAUUCAAUCUGAACAGCUCCUGCCUUCUCUUGGGAUCUACCAAUCUCAGGGACUUCUGGGGGUCGUGACUGAAUGGAUGUGCAAUGGAUCCCUCCACUCACUCAUCCACGAGCACCACCUGUACCCAGAAUUGCCUUUUCCCCUACUCAUGCGGAUCCUGUCAGAUGUGGCUGAAGGAUUAUAUCAUCUCCAUAGGCUAGAUCCUCCUCUCCUCCACUACAGCCUGAAACCCUCCAAUGUCCUUUUGGAUACACAAUAUAGAGCUAAGAUAACAGAUUAUGGUCUAACCUCCUGGAGGAAGCAGCAAAGAUCAGUCCUGCAGAACUGCAAUAGAAGCUGCUGGGAUUUGGUAUACCACUCUCCUGAAAUACUUGAAGGAGGUGUACCCUCCCAAGAAGGAGAUAUUUACAGCUUUGGAAUGCUAUGUUGGGAAAGCUUAAGCAGACAGAAACCUUUUGAAGGCAAAAAAAACCUGCUGGAAGUUGUGACAGGAGUCUGUAGUGGCCUGCGGCCUGGGACUGAAGCAGAGUAUAUACAGAGCAAUUUGCCUCAGAGAAACAGGCUGUUACAGCUCAUCAUAUUGUGCUGGCACCAAGACCCAGAUUACAGGCCCCAAACUGCAGAAUGUGUGGAACUCUUAAGGAGAAUUUUGAGUGCUUUUAGCAAGGAGAAGAUUUCCAGUGCAAUCUACAGUUUGAUUGAUGCAAAGGAGAGAGCAGUAAAUGCCUGCAAAGGCUCAGUUCCACACAUGCUUCAGACACAUGUGCACAAUCUAGAGGUCAUCUGUGCACAGAAAAACAGCAACCGGCUUAUUGACAAGAGUGUCCAUCUAACAGCACAGAGAUUGUCAACUGUUCUUGACAGCCCUGCAGGAAGAGAGAAGGCUAAUCAGAUGGCAUUUGCAGAUAUCACAGCGCCAAACACAACACACAAAAAAGCUCAUCCAGGUAGUAGAGAAUCAGCUCUGCAGCAUUCCUUUCCCACUCCUUGUACCUCUGAUCCACAUGCAAGCAGAGAAGAUGGUGGUCAGUGUCAAAGGGACCCAAAGCUGUGGCAGCAGCCGCCACUACAGUUAUCGCUGCCACCUGAGCCCAGUCCCCAUCAUGGCCAAUUUCAAAGCGCACAGUGUGAACAAACACUAACAGGUCCUUGCUGCAAAGGCAACUGCUGCCAGAUCCUAGCCUGUGGGCGACAGACUAUCUUGAGCUGCAUGACAGAAGGGCGCCUCAACCACAUUCUUGACGUCCUUCGCUCCCAGCGAGUGUUGUCUAAAAUGGACUAUGAAAUGAUCACCUCUUUCCCCACCCUGACCAGCCGCGCUCGUGCUUUGUUGGACACUUGCCUCUGCCUUGGAGAGGGGGCAGCUCAGAUUGUAGUGACUGUACUCUCAACUAGCAAAUGUAGCCCUCUGGCACGAGGCAGCCACAUCACAGACAGCUCUGCUAAAUUAAAUAGACGACUGCAGUGA